GGUUGUCUAAGGUGUCCAAAGCACUCUGCCAACCGGCCCUGUCGGGUAAAAGCUUGUCUGCUGCGGCUCCUUGGGUCAUUGAGCUAGGAAAUCGAUUUGAGUAGAUUCAAAUCGUGAGCCGAGCGCAGCUGGAGGCGUCCUGGAGCCCAUGGGGGUGGCGCUGACCAGAUCCGCCCAGUGGACUGCGGCCGGCUACGGGACCGGGACCCUGGAGACGACCCCUCUGAAUGAAGCGCUCCUGACAGAGAUUGUGACGUUCGUGGAGUCUUUCAGUUAUAAUUAUCCCCAAGAGGCAAAAUUUGUUUUUGUAGAACCGCUUACGUGGGAAACAAAUUUGGAGCCCUCAGCCUUUGAAUCAGGUUACAUUGUCAGUGAAACCACAGCCAAAUCAGAAGAAGUUGAUGAAAGUGGACAGCCUUUGUUGUUUCUCUCUGUGCCACAGAUUGCAGUUCGGAGUUUUGGGCAGCUGUCACAGUUGUUAGCUGUUGCUAAAGACACAAAACUGAAGGAAGCACAAGCCUGUAUUGAAGCUAAUAGAGAUCCUGUCGUUAAAAUCCUGGGCUCAGACUAUGGCACAGUGCAAGAAGACACCACUGCCUUAAAUAUCCUCGAUAACUUUAUCACAGGCUAUGAUCAUGAAAGCCAUAUGAAAAGGAAAAUUGCCAUACUGCUUAAGCAACUAGAUCUACACCUUCUCAACCACUCCUUAAAGCAUAUUUCACUAGAAAUAUGUUUAAAUCCAGUGAAUUUUAAGAAGGAUAUAGAGCUGCUGCAGCGUCUCUCGGGGAGGGGAGAAGAGACAGUGCUGGAAUCCAUUGACUACACCUCAGAUUAUGAAUUUUCUAAUGGAUGCCGAGCUCCUCCUUGGAGACAAAUUCAAGGGGAAAUUUGUUAUGUGCUUGUGAAGCCACAUGAUGUUGAGACUUUAUGCAUUACUUGCAGUGCGGAAGGCGUAUUUUUAAAUGGUGGCAAAGUAGAGGAAGAGGGAGAAAUUGAUUAUGAAAGAAAAGGUGAAAUUUAUAAAGAUCUUGUCACAUUUUUAAAAGAAAAAUCACCGGUGUUUUCGGAAAAUAUGUCUAAACAGGAGGUUAGAUUCAGUGAACAGCAGCAAAAGGAACACAAUGAAGAGACACCCAAGAAGGAGGAAUCCAAGAGGAUGCCUGGAACUAAUGUCGACAAGAAUAAACUGGAGAAGAACCAAAUUAAUUUCGGGAAAACAUUAAUGACCAAGAGACUGGAGCCAAGCUUAAACUGGAGAACCAAUGUUGAUUCCAAAGAUCACAAAAGCUCCAGCAAAGAAACUCAGGAGGAAAAGCAAGGAAAACAUGAGAAGUCAUCUGCGUCUGUCUCAGCUGGAAGGGCACAGUUACUUCGGAAGGGCACCGAGAAGAUUGAAGAGGUCGUCAGUGAGAGCUCCUCUGAGAGCGAGGAAGACGAGGAGCCCCCUGAUCAUCGCCAGGAAGCUAAUGCAGAUCUGCCAUCAGAAUACUGGCAAAUUCAGAAGCUGGUGAAAUAUUUAAAGGGAGGCAAUCAGACCGCCACAGUGAUUGCCUUGUGUUCCAUGAGGGAUUUCAACUUAGCUCAAGAGACCUGUCAGCUGGCGAUCAGAGAUGUCGGAGGGCUUGAAGUCUUAAUAAAUCUACUCGAUACAGAGGAAGUCAAAUGCAAGAUUGGUUCAUUAAAAAUCCUGAAGGAAAUCAGUUAUAAUCCUCAAAUCAGACGUAAUAUUGUUGACCUUGGGGGCUUACCAAUUAUGGUUAAUAUACUCGAUUCUCCAUACAAGACUCUAAAAUGUUUGGCUGCUGAGACGAUUGCAAAUGUGGCCAAGUUCAAGAGAGCCCGGCAGGCUGUGAGACAACACGGAGGCAUCACCAAACUGGUAGCUCUGCUGGACUGUGCACAGACUUCCACAGAACCUGCUCAGUCAAGUCUGUAUGAAACCAGAGAUGUGGAGGUGGCUCGCUGCGGGGCAAUGGCACUGUGGAGCUGCAGUAAGAGUCACUCCAACAAAGAGGCCAUUCGUAAAGCCGGGGGCAUCCCUUUGUUGGCCCAGCUACUGAAAACGUCCCACGAGAACAUGCUCAUUCCUGUAGUGGGGACCUUACAAGAAUGUGCAUCAGAGGAAAACUACCGAGCUGCUAUCAAAGCAGAGAGGAUCAUUGAGAACCUUGUAAAGAACCUGAACAGUGAGAAUGAACAACUGCAGGAGCACUGUGCCAUGGCCAUUUACCAGUGUGCUGAAGACGAGGAAACCCGAGACCUGGUUCGGCUGCACGGAGGACUUAAGCCCUUGGCCAGCCUACUCAAUAACACCGACAAUAAGGAACGGCUAGCUGCUGUCACAGGGGCAAUAUGGAAGUGCUCCAUCAGCAAAGAAAACAUCAUCAAGUUCCGAGAAUACAAAGCCAUUGAAACUUUGGUGGGGCUUUUAACUGACCAGCCUGAAGAAGUACUUGUGAACGUGGUUGGAGCCUUGGGAGAAUGCUGCCAGGAGCAUGAGAACCGCAUCAUUGUCCGGAAAUGUGGUGGCAUCCAGCCCCUCGUAAACCUCCUUGUGGGAAUUAACCAAGCUCUUCUGGUGAAUGUCACCAAAGCAGUUGGUGCAUGUGCAGUGGAACCGGAAAGUAUGACGAUAAUCGAUCGCUUAGAUGGAGUUCGUUUGUUGUGGUCCCUGCUGAAAAACCCCCACCCGGAUGUCAAGGCCAGCGCAGCGUGGGCGCUCUGUCCAUGCAUCGAGAAUGCAAAGGAUGCUGGAGAAAUGGUUCGUUCCUUUGUUGGUGGUUUAGAACUUGUUGUCAAUUUACUGAAAUCAGACAACAAAGAAGUGCUGGCAAGUGUAUGUGCUGCUAUUACCAACAUAGCAAAGGACCAGGAAAACUUAGCUGUUAUUACAGACCAUGGAGUUGUUCCUUUAUUGUCCAAGCUAGCAAAUACAAAUAAUGACAAAUUGAGGCGUCACCUGGCAGAGGCUGUUUCACGUUGUUGUAUGUGGGGCCGAAACAGAGUCGCCUUCGGGGAGCACAAAGCAGUGGCUCCAUUAGUCCGUUACCUGAAAUCGAAUGACACCAACGUGCACCGAGCAACGGCUCAGGCCCUGUACCAGCUCUCUGAAGAUGCCGAUAACUGCAUCACCAUGCAUGAGAACGGCGCCGUAAAGCUCCUCCUGGACAUGGUUGGGUCCCCAGACCAGGAGCUCCAGGAGGCUGCAGCCGGGUGUAUAUCGAACAUCCGCAGACUGGCUCUUGCCACAGAAAAGGCGAGAUACACUUGAAAUGCGAACCGACCUGACAAGCUGCUAAGGUUGAGAUGUCACACGACAUGCCAUUCCUAUGGCUGGAAAUCCUAAGUUGGGAAACACAGCAAAUCCUUUAAACAGUAUAAGUGAAAAUGCAUGGUAUAAAAAUGCGAAU